GCUCCGCUCCGCAUGGAAUCUGAGUGCAGCAGCAGCAAACUCGCCCUGGGUCUGGGACUUUCUCUCUCUCUCGCUCUCUCUUUUUACAUUUGGUUAAGCAGCACCCGCCUAAGCCCUGAAAAAAUGCCUGCCUGUGAAGCGAGGAGAGGGCGCCGGGUCUGUAAAUAAGAACAUGAAAUGCUGGAGCGAAAAAUGGACGACCUACUGAGUCAUCAGAGACAAUUUGUCAAAAAUAAUCGUCGGUCCGUAGAACAGAAAAUAAAAGAAAGGCAAAAGGAAGUGUUUCGUCAGCUACAUGACUUACUGACAGGGGAUCUACAGUGUGACCAGAUAAACCAGGACUUGCAGCAAGCCAACAAUGCUCUGUGGGCAGAACUCGACAAAGCAAUGAAGGAAAAAAACCUUCUUCACUGCCAGUCUGCUCAAAAAUCAGAAAAAAUCCAUCUUCUGGAAGUAGAACUAAAAACAGCCAGACACUUUCUGAAGGAGACCCAGAAUUAUGCAGAAGAGAUGAAAAAUAAGAGUUUGUCUCAGGAAAUACAAUUAGAAAAGAAACAAGCAGAGAUUCGAGAUUUAGAGGGGAAAAAUCAAGAUUUGAUCCAGCAACUUGAGAAAGUGCAGUCGGACUUGCAAUUUAAACAAGCUGAGAUUGCCCAUCUACAAAAUCUAUCUUCAGCUGAGUUGGCUUGUUUAAAAGAGGAAAUGUUAAACAUCAAGGCAGAGCAAAAGAAACUGCAAGAACAACAUAACAUCUCGCUUCAAGAAAAUGAGCAACUGAGCAAGCUGGACAAUCUGAAGUCUAUAGUUCAGCUGAAGAAGCAAAAUGGAUUCGCUCAAAGUAAACUGAAGACAUGGAUGAAAUCCUGUGCUGAUGAGGUUGCCAUCUACCUCCAUUCACUGACCCAGGACAAUGAGCCAGAGUAUGAACCAGACCGACUCCCGGAGGUGGUCAGAAAAGGUUUUGCUGAUAUUCCUACUGGGAAAAACAACCCUUAUGUUUUGCACAGAACAGCGCUAAACCUAAGGACCAGUCCCCAUCUUGCUGCUCACAACCAUAAAUUGUCACCAUAUGGCCAAAGUUUACAAAAAGGCAGGUCAGAUAAUCUUGCGGAGAUCUCUAAACUGACAGCUGGUGGCAGCAAAUCACAAAAGAUAGAUGAUACUCAGCAGUGCCAAGCAGAAACAGCUAUUGAACCCAUGGAAUCUCAUUCAAGAUCUCCUCUUUGCAUGAAUAAGCAACACACAAAAGCUGUUGCUGAGAACUCUAGAGAGAAUCUCAACACACACCAAGGCAGAUGUUCCUUGAGCACACAAAAACUACCUGAUCAAAACGAACAAGACAAAAACUGUAUGGUACAGUAAACCUGAGUAGUAUAAGGGCCCUAACCCUAACCCCACCCCUUGACCCCUUAAACUCUGCCCCUUGACCCCUUAAACCCUGCCCACCUGUCACCAGAAGCCCCGCUCCAGAGGGUAUUACUUUUGGAGUCAAGAUGGCCACAUGACUGGAAGCAAGGUGUGUUACAUGACCAUCCUCUACCAAUCAGGAAGGGUUUCAGCCACUGGGGACCACCCUGAGAGGAGAGAUGACCAAUCAAGGCAAGUUCCGGGGUGGAGUGACCUAUCUGGUAGUGGGUCAUGUGACUCUUCUAAGAACUCCACCUACUUCCCUCUACCAAUCAGGAUGGGGUUUGCCCUGAUAGAACUGCCCUGACAGGAGAUUUGACCAAUCAGAGUGAGUUCUGGGGCGGGGUGACCUAUUCGGAAGUGGGUCAUGUGACCACUCUAAGAACUCCUCCCAACUCCCUCUGCCAGUCAGAGAGCAGCACCAUUACCCUAUAAGUCCCAGCUCCGGGCAGAGGAGGCCAUCUCUUACCAAGGGCACGUGUUUUAGAAAUUGUGGAAAAGCUACUGAGAGGAAAUGUGGACUCCUUUACCACCCCCAUAAGAACUUGGGACUUUGUUUUAACCGCAAGCACCUUUGGACUUGUGUGGAGAAAGCGCUGCCUCAGUGACAGUUCCAAGGAGGACCCUUUGACUCAACCGUUGAUGGAUACGUUGGAAUCCAACCCCGAAACCCUUGUGAGGCACCCCGAUGAGUGUGAC